CGGCGGGGGCGCGGCCGCCGCUCAGUUCCUGCCCGCGCGCGGGCGGGCGGUGUCGCCGGUCGCGACAGAGCUGAAGAAACAAAUUGAUCUACAUGUGCCUCACUGUCCAUUGGAAGAAUGACAGAUGACAAAGAUGUACUUCGAGAUGUGUGGUUUGGGCGAAUACCGACCUGCUUCACUCUGUAUCAGGAUGAGAUAACUGAAAGGGAAGCUGACCCCUACUAUUUGCUUUUGCCAAGGAUAAGCUACUUGACACUGGUAACGGACAAAGUGAAGAAGCACUUUCAGAAAGUUAUGAGACAGGAGGAAGUUAGUGAAAUAUGGUUUGAAUAUGAAGGUACACCACUGAAAUGGCAUUACCCAAUUGGUUUACUCUUUGAUCUCCAUGCAUCAAAUACAGCCCUUCCUUGGAGCAUCACAGUGCAUUUCAAGAAUUUUCCAGAAAAGGAUCUUCUACACUGCCAUUCUAAGGAUGUGAUUGAAGCUCAUUUUAUGGCUUGUAUAAAAGAAGCAGAUGCUUUAAAGCACAAAAGUCAAGUCAUCAAUGAAAUGCAAAAAAAGGAUCAUAAGCAAUUGUGGAUGGGAUUACAGAAUGAUAAAUUUGAGCAGUUUUGGGCAAUAAAUCGAAAACUCAUGGAGUAUCCUCCAGAAGAUAAUGGAUUUCGAUACAUCCCAUUUAGAAUUUAUCAGGCAACAACAGAGAGACCUUUUAUACAGAAGCUAUUUCGACCAAUUGCUUCAGGAGGACAGUUGCAUACUUUGGGAGACCUGCUAAAAGAUGUGUGUCCUAGUGCUAUCACCACUGAAGAUGGAGAGCAGAAGACUCAAGUGAUGAUUCAUGGAAUUGAGCCAAUGCUGGAAACACCCAUUCAGUGGCUAAGCGAACAUAUGAGCUAUCCAGAUAAUUUUCUCCACAUUAGUAUCAUUCCCCGACCUACUGAUUGAAACUCAGCUGUAUUCCUAUGAGGAUCAUUCUCAAGCUGGAAUUCUAAGGGCAUGUCAACUUCUUGCUUCUGUCAGUCUUGACAGAGGCAGCCUGACCAGAAAAAAAGAAACCAACAAAAAGCCGAAACAAAACAAGAAGUCCUCACUGCUGUAAGCCAAACAGGAAGAGAGAUCCUAUCAUCAGAUAAGGGCAAUUGGGCUGAUCUUAUUUUGCAUCACUGCUGCGUUUGUUCACUGCUGUAAUUAAAUCAGUUGCGAUAUGAAAGAAUUUACAGGACUUCUGCAAGUCUGCUGUUUUCUUGUAAAAUAUAAUGAAGCUGAAACUGUCAGCCGAAGAGCAAAUGGAAAUAUGCCACUUGAUUGUAUUUCUGAUUAACAAAUAAACAGGGCUGUUUCCUAAAGAGGUAGUGUUUCAGCUUUGAGGGUGGAAACAUUGGUUUAAUUUUCUAGAAAGUUAGACACUGAGAGAUUUGGUUACCAAUAGCUUUUUGUAAAAGAUCAAAUUACUGUAAAUCCAUCUUUCCUUAAUGAGAAGUUCAUGUUUACAGUAUAUGUAUUGGUAUGCAAAUGAUCUUUUAACUUUGAUAACAAGCAGUGAGAGAUUUUAAAAUAAGCCUGUGAGCAUGUUUUGUCAGUUAAAAACAUGCACAACUUAAUAAUUACAAAUACUCUUGAUUUGUAUGCUGUCACUGAAUACUCCAGUGUGUUUAUUAUUCAAACCAGUUUUCAUAGACCAGCAACGAUGUAGGAUAAUUUGUCUCAGGAUUUGUCAUGGCAUUUCUUUGUGCUCAUCUAGUUUUUCUUCUUUAAGAAUAUAUUUUCUUAAUUUACUUUAACAAGUUG